CACCCGCCCACUAACAAAGGCCCUGUCGCGCUACAAGGAGCCCGCCCAAAUUUAGAAGCCAGGCGCAUGAUCUGCAAGCGAUGAGCUACUGCUUCUGGAUAAUGCGGCACGGCGCAAGCGCUGCCGAGAAAGGCCCUACCUCCCCAGAAGACAGCGGCCCCCUUCUUCCGCCCCGGGUCUCAAACAUGCCGCAGUACUGAACAAUAUCCGACUGCAUGGAUGCCAGUCUCAGAAACGAUGGGAGGAGCAGCGAUGAUCUUGGCCCCUAUGGAAGAUGAUACAGGGGAUGCGCGUGGUCCUUGGCGACAAGAAACGACCUGCUGGCCCUUCUUCAUGCACUUAUAAACAUCCACCUGUCUCGUCUCGACUUUUUUCGUUCUUGUCCAUCUCAACAAUCGUUUUUCUUUGUAUUUCUUUUCUCUUUUGUUUCUUUUUUCGAGAGUUGCUUCUUUUUUUUUCUACUUCUUUAUCAAAUCACCGAGCAGGAUCUCGACUUUUCUAUACACAGCCUUUGACAGGUUUCUUAUAUACGCAUUCCUUCAGCAAACAUGAAGUGGACUACAGCUUUCCUCUCCGUCCUGCCUCUGGCAAUGGCUACCGCGGACCUCGAAGCCAUCGACAAGCGCGCCAAGGCUCUCAUUGUUCCUGGUGCCGGCAAGGAAAUCAUCAUCAUCUGGGCCAACCCUGGUGCUGGUGCCGCCACCACAACCAUCAACAAGCAGGUUACCGUCACGCAGACCGUUACUGUCGGCUCUCAGCCAACCAACAUCGCCGGUACAAACCUCAACCCGGGCCAGACUGCCACGCUUGUCCAGCCCCCCGGUGCCAGUCACACUGUUAAGGUCGGCGGUCCUGGUGGCCUUGCCUUCCAGCCUCAGCAGCUCAACGUGCCUGUUGGCGACACCAUCAUUUUCGAGUUCCUUUCGCAGAACCACACCGUCACACAGUCUGGCUUCAAGGAGCCUUGCAAGAAGAUUGACAACGGCAUGGACACCGGCUUCGUUCCCAACCCCAACAACACCGUCUCUCCCGCUCCCCAGGUCGCCAUGCAGGUUACAGUCAACACUCCUCUCUGGUUCUACUGCCGUCAAAAGGGCCACUGUGGCAAGGGCAUGGUCUUCUCCGUCAACCCUACUGCCGACAAGACACACGCCAUGUUCCAGCAAAUGGCUAUUGCCCAGAGCGGUGGUGGCACUGCUACUCCCAUUACUGGCGGAACUCCUCCUCCUGCUGGCCAACAGCCUCCCCCCGCUGCUGGUCAGCCUAGCAAGGAACAGCCUGGCAAGACUGAGCCCGGCAAGGAGCAGCCUCCUGGCCAGCAGCCCGCUCCUGGUAACAACAGUGGUGUCACACCUGGCCAGGGCAAGGUUGGACCUGAUGGCUCGUGCCAGUGUGUUGUCCAGUGUGCUCAAGGCUCAUUCCCUGCUAUGGAGGCUCAAGGCCUCGGUGCCAUGGGCGGCGCUAGCGGAGCUCUCCCCGUCAAUGCUGUCGUGCAAUAAGCGACAAACAGUGUAUGGAGAGGGUUUUCGUUGGUGGCUGUAAUGGGUAAUGUGAUGGUUGGUUCUAUUUAAAGUGGUGUUUCAUUUCUUCUGUUGGUUUUGGUAGACGCCGCUCUGAACGAGCGUGAGUGUCGCUUCUCCCACUUCUUGUUUGGGGUUGCCGUGCGGCUUCCCUGCGUUUUGUUUCUGCACGGUCUUGCGCGCAUAUAUGACUGGAUCGUAUUCUCAUUGGAUUUAAGAAAAGUAAUUUAGAACAAAAAAAAAGAGCAACUCUCAUACAAAAUACUGUCUGCUUUCGUUCAUGAGUUCACUGUUGAAGUGGUUAUAGGGUAGACACUUGGGAAUUCACAGGUCUAUCAAGACACAGCCAAAGAAGCAGUAAGGCAGCAAGGAGUACUUGUGAAACAGUCUAUUUUUGAAAGUAAAAAGUGGCCUUGAAAUGUCAUGAAAUUGAGACUUCCGCCUGCCUCCAUGGAAACGCCUAGACGAGCCUUUAAUCUGCUCGUCCCUUGUUGUCGUUGUCAGUAUCGAGGCUGCUCGAGGCUGCUGGAAGCUGUUGGAAAUGGUAUUAUAUCGCCGGUACGCCGAGAGUCGAAUGGAAAUCUACCGCCUUUUCGUUUUACUUUUUGCCUUCAGCGGCCUUCUUGGCCUCAGCUGUAAUGUGGAGUUAAUGAUACUGCCGUCUGGCGAGGCAGUUUUCGAAAUGGAGGGACAUACCGGCAGCCUGCUUGGCUCGCAUAAUCUCAGCAGCGGACUCCUUGGCACGCUGCAUCUCUGUUCCGCUCAUGUUGUUUGCCUUUUUCUGUAGCCAGCAUAGUCGUCGUCAGUACGUUUCCCUCUAGGUCAUGAUGGUUUUGCGCCGCUGCGCCGCGGGGCGGACAAAACUUACCUGGCCGGCCUGCUUCUUCAGGUUAGCCUCGCGGGCCUUGUCACGCUGAUUGCCACGAGCCAUGGUGUCGUUGGACCAAACGAUGUGGAUGGGUUGCUGGAGCGGGAGGGAAGAAAAGAAAGACGAGGCGCUCAGUUUUUGGUGGUUGACAGGAACUAGGCUGGAUGGGCUAACCGGAAGUGGGGGUUGUCGUCGGUGGCCCUGUCUGCGCAACAUGUCACUCAGUGGCUGGCUGACCAAACUUGGC